AUGAUCAAAAGAGGCAUUCUGAAAGAAGGAGAAAGUGACUGGUUUGCAUCCUUGCUCACACUUGGUGCACUAAUAGGCGGACCCAUCGGUGGCUGGCUUAUUGAAAAAGUUGGCAGAAAACUGUCCCUGACAUUUUUAUCAAUACCUUUUGCUGCUGGUUUCUUUAUUAUAGCAUCGGCAACUACAAGUUUUCACUGUUUCUUUGGACGUUUUCUGACUGGAAUAGGAAGUGGAAUGGUGACUGUGUGUGUUCCUGUGUACAUUGCAGAAGUUGCAACGUCGUCAAUGAGAGGUAUCCUUGGUUCCUGCGUUCAGCUCUUUGUCACCAUAGGGAUAGCUGCAACUUACAUUCUGGGCGCACAGUUUGAGUGGAGAUGGCUGGCCAAUCUGUGCAUUAUACCCGGUGUUGUGGGAGGGGCCUUAACUUUCUUCAUUCCAGAAACACCCAGGUGGCUGCUAAAGAAAAAUCGAAAAACAGAAGCUCUAUUUGCUCUAAAGACUCUGAGAGAUCCACACACAGACGUGAAUGAAGAGUGUAGAGAAAUCGAGGAGAAAUCAGACACAGCAGAACUGACAUCUAUAAGCGAGAUACUGAAGAGAAAAGAACUUUUUCAUCCAUUAUUACUAAUUAUGGCAGUCCUGAUCUUUCAACAGCUCUCAGGCAUCAAUGUAGUCAUGUUUUUUACAGUGUCAAUUUUGGAAAAAGCUGUUGGAGAAUUUGCAUAUGUAGCAACUAUUAUUGUUGGCAUAGUUCAAGUGUUGGGCACCCUUUUAGCUGUUUUUCUAAUGGAUAGGGCAGGCAGGCGCAAACUUCUAAAUAUUGGUGGUGUGAUUUUGUCUAUCACUUUGUUGAGUUUUGGUCUAUAUUACAAAUUGUCCGCUGGUGGGUAUUUUGGCAGUUUCCUUAACACUUGGGUUCCUGUGGCGUGUCUUACUAUUUACAUCCUGGGCUUUUCCUUAGGGUGGGGACCAAUUCCAAUGCUUCUGAUGUCUGAACUUAUCCCAACUCAGUGCAAAGGAAUAGCUGGUUCUGCAGCAUCUGUUGCCUCUUGGGGAUCGGCAUUUCUGGUCACAAGUCAGUUCAGCACUCUUCAGAAUGCACUUGGUAGUUCUGGCGUGUUUUAUCUUUUCAGUGCAUGCUGCACGGUCUCUGUUUGGUUUGUGUAUAAAUACAUACCAGAAACUAAAGGAAAAUCUCUUGAAGAUAUUGAAAGGCACUUUUUCGUAAAGUCACCAGACCUAGUGUGA